AAUUAUUUCGCACGAAAGGCCUGUCCAUUGAAUCCUUUGCCACAACAUGUCAUUGAAAAUGGCGGUACAAAUCGUAUACUCGAGGACUUCAGCGAAAGAUUUUCGCCCGCAAUCAGAGGAGUCGUGGAGUUCGCCAAACGUAUACCCGGUUUCGGUAUGUUGUCACAGGACGACCAAGUUACUCUUCUUAAGGCCGGUGUGUUUGAGGUACUAUUGGUACGGCUCGCCUGUAUGUUUGACUCGCACUCCAAUUCAAUGAUAUGCCUCAACGGUCUGGUACUGAGACGAGAGGCACUGCACUCCGCGAGUAACGCCCGGUUCCUCUUGGACUCGAUGUUUGAUUUCGCCGAACGGCUCAACGCUUUGCGGCUAACGGAUCAAGAGAUCGGUCUCUUCUGCGCUGUGGUUGUCAUCGCUGGCGGUAAGGCAUCGCUAUAUCUCUCAUAUAUAUUAAAGCGCUUUAUAUUCGCAUAA